UUCAUGAGAGUGAUGAGAAUGCGAUAUACGGGCUUUCUUGUGCUUUUCUUUGGCCUCUUGGCAACGUCUGUGGCACGAAAUGUACCCAUAAACAAGUUGAACUACAAGGAUGAAUACAUUGUAGGUGGUAGCAAUGCAUCCAGGGGACAGUUUCCCUAUCAAGUGUCCCUAAGAACUCUUUCCAGUAUACAUUUCUGCGGAGGUGCCAUUGUGGGUGAUUUUUGGAUACUUACAGCCGCCCAUUGCAUCUCAGGCCGAAGUGCAACAUCUGUGAAUGCUUUUGUGGGUUCUCACCUGCUUACAGACUCAAUCAGAUACGCCCUUGAUGACCUGGUGCUCCAUCCCCAAUUCAAUGAUAAUACCAUGUUAAAUGAUGUUGGCCUUGCAAAAACUCGCGAUCAAAUUGUCUAUUCGGCUCUGAUACAGCCCAUUUCUGUGGGUUCUGGCUACAUCGGAGGAGCGGUUAUUGCUAUUGCAUCGGGUUGGGGUCGUACUUCAGAAAACGGACCUACUCCUAAUACACUGCAAUGGGUUAAUUUGGGUACAUUGACCAACGAUGAGUGCAAAGCCCGACUUCCACCGGCCAAUGCUGAUCUAAUCUUUGAUAGUACCAUCUGCACCUUUACCCGUACUGAUGAGGGUAUCUGCUACGGAGAUGCCGGUGGACCUCUAAACUUGGCAAAUUCUGUUAUUGGAAUAGUUUCUUGGGGAGUCCGGUGUGCCAUGUCCUACCCGGAUGUCUACACUAGAGUCUCCUCCCAUCGAUCCUGGAUCCUCCAGACCAUGAGUAACUGAAAAAGGACUAGGCAGCAGAGCGUUUGAUUUCAAAGUGACCUUAAAAAUUUCUAAAUUCGUUUAAAUUUAUAAAUAAUAUUGAGUGAAUAAUUUUGUAUUUUUCUACUGUAUAAAUAAAUUGAUUUGAUACUCGA